AGAUGCGCACGUCUGAUCGUUACCAUGGAUACCAGCACGCGAAAAUUCACAGUAAGGAGAUGGUUUUCCAUUUACCUUAAGAACAAGGCCGCCCGGAGCAAGAACACAGCGGGAUUCUGUCAACUAGAGGAUGACAGCAUACUCAAGGAGUUUGACAUCAGCCACCAUGUUAAAGAAGGCUUUGAGAAAGCAGACCCCUCUCAGUUCCAGCUGCUCAAAGUGCUUGGACAGGGAUCCUAUGGAAAGGUGUUUCUGGUGAGAAAGAUCAGAGGUGUGGACAGAGGACAACUUUAUGCAAUGAAAGUCCUGAAGAAAGCCACACUUAAAGUCCGGGACAGAGUGAGAUCUAAGAUGGAAAGAGACAUUUUAGCAGAGGUCAACCAUCCUUUUAUAGUGAAACUACAUUACGCCUUCCAGACAGAAGGAAAGCUCUAUCUAAUCCUAGACUUUCUCCGAGGGGGGGACCUUUUCACUCGUCUGUCGAAAGAGGUGAUGUUUACGGAAGAAGAUGUCAAGUUUUACCUCGCCGAGCUGGCUUUGGCCUUGGACCACUUACACAGUUUGGGAAUCAUCUACAGGGAUCUCAAACCUGAAAACAUUCUUUUGGAUGAAGAGGGACAUAUAAAGAUAACUGACUUUGGUUUGAGUAAGGAAGCCAUUGACCAUGAUAAAAGAGCAUAUUCCUUCUGCGGAACGAUUGAGUAUAUGGCCCCAGAGGUGGUCAACAGGAGGGGGCAUACGCAAAGUGCAGACUGGUGGUCUUUUGGGGUAUUGAUGUUUGAGAUGCUGACCGGAUCUUUACCAUUCCAAGGAAAAGAUCGGAAGGAAACAAUGGCCCUUAUUCUGAAGGCCAAAUUGGGGAUGCCACAGUUUCUCAGUCCUGAGGUGCAGAGUUUAUUAAGAGCACUUUUCAAGAGGAACCCUGCUAACCGUCUAGGUGCAGGACCAGCUGGAGUGGAUGAACUGAAAAGUCACUGUUUCUUUGCAUCAAUCAACUGGAAUAAGUUGUACCGGAAGGAGAUUAGGCCACCAUUCAAACCAACUGUUGGAAGACCUGAGGACACUUUUCACUUCGACCCAGAGUUCACUUCCAGAACACCCACAGACUCUCCUGGCAUCCCACCCAGCGCAAACACACACCAGCUGUUUCGUGGUUUCAGUUUUGUUGCAACUAAUCAGAGUCAGGAACCAAGUGUGGCCAAUGUUCUACCUUCCCACCAGGAAGGGAAAACCAUAAAUCCUAUCGCACAGCAUCUCCGUGGUGACGUGGCCUUCAGUGACAUUUAUGAGUUGAAGGAGGAAGUUGGCCCGGCACCCAACUCAGCCUACAAGAGAUGUCUUCAUAGAGUGACUGCUGUAGAAUAUUCAGUUAAGAUUAUUGACAAAGGAAGGAAAGAUCCUGCUGAAGAAAUUGAGAUUCUUUUAAGAUAUGGACAGCAUCCCAACAUCAACCCAUUAAAGGAUGUAUUUGAUGAUGGCCAUUGCGUGUACCUGGUUCAGAAUUUGUUGAGAGGAGGCGAGCUGCUCAACAGAGUGUUGACCGUGCCAAAUUUCAUAGAGAAAGAUGCAUCCGACAUCAUCUGCACACUGACCAAAACUGUAGAGUAUUUACACUCCCAGGGGGUUGUGCAUCGGGACCUGAAGCCCAGUAAUAUUUUCUACACUGAUGACAGAGGACUCCCAGAAUGUCUCAGGAUUUGUGAUUUUGGUUUUGCCAAACAGCUGAGAGCUGAAAAUGGCUUACUAAUGACUCCAUGUUACACAGCAACAUUCAUGGCACCAGAGGUUCUAAAGAAGCAAGGUUAUGAUGCAGCAUGUGACAUUUGGAGCUUGGGGAUCCUAUUGUACACCAUGAUUGCUGGUUUCAGUCCAUUCGCCAGCAGUCCUGAAGAUUCAGCAGAGGAAAUUCUAGCUCAAAUUGGCUGUGGUAAAUUCAUCAUCAGUGGAGGUAACUGGGACCUGGUGUCAGAUGCUGCUAAGGACAUUGUCACCAAGAUGCUCCAUGUGGACCCACAUCAGCGGCUGACUGCACCCCAGGUCCUUCGCCACCCAUGGAUUGUAGGGAGGGAUCAGCUCUCUGAUAAAGUGCUCACAAGACAAGAUGUGAUUACUGUUAAGGGGGCACUGUCCGCCACUUAUUCUGCCUUGAGGCGCUGUGCUCCAGCUCCGGUCCUCGAACCAGUGCAGUCCUCCAGCUUGGCCCAGCGGAGAGAAAUGAAGAAAGUUGGGAGUACUGUCAUAACUUCAGACCUUAAAGAUAAGGGGUAG